CGCGCCGCGUUGGGGCUGUCCACUCGCGUUCCGCCUGAGGAGGCGCCGCCGUCAGCACUGCAUCCGCAGCGGAGCUGAUACUGCUCCGAGCCAGCAGCCGGGAGCGGGGCGGCGGCGCAAACAUGAAUGUUGGAGUUGCCCACAGUGAGGUGAAUCCAAAUACCCGUGUAAUGAACAGCCGGGGUAUGUGGCUGACAUAUGCUUUGGGAGUUGGCUUGCUUCAUAUCGUUUUACUCAGUAUUCCCUUCUUCAGUGUUCCUGUUGCUUGGACCUUAACAAAUGUUAUACAUAAUCUGGGGAUGUAUGUAUUUUUGCAUGCAGUAAAAGGAACACCAUUUGAAACUCCUGACCAGGGUAAAGCGAGGCUCCUAACUCAUUGGGAACAACUGGACUAUGGAGUACAGUUUACAUCUUCACGGAAGUUUUUCACAAUUUCUCCAAUGAUUCUAUAUUUUCUGGCAAGUUUCUAUACGAAGUAUGAUCCAACUCACUUCAUCUUAAACACAGCUUCUCUCCUGAGUGUGCUAAUUCCCAAAAUGCCACAGCUACAUGGUGUUCGGAUCUUUGGAAUUAAUAAUACACAGGCCUCUCACUGUUGUGGCCUCUCCCGUUGCGGAGCACAGGCUCCAGACACACAGGCUCAGCGGCCAUGGCUCAUGGGCCUAGCUGCUCUGCGGCAUGUGGGAUCUUCCCGGACUGGGGCACGAACCCGUGUCCCCUGCAUCGGCAGGCGGACUCUCAACCACUGCGCCACCAGGGAAGCCCACUCCUGUGUUCUUUUGACUUGCCUCAUCCUUUAUUUUUUUUUUUAAACAUAGAAUGGUAUUUUUAGGUUUAUGUCACUAUUGUCAAUUAAACUAGAAAGAUCCUGAAGGGGCAUAGCUAUCUCCUUAACUAAUAUCUGUAUGAAUUAGCCUUAUAAAACUAUAUGAUGCUAAGAGUUGGAAAAGACCUUAGAGGCUGUAAUUCAGCCCCAUCCUUUACCUUGAAUUUUCAUCGACCCUCUAUUCAGUUUCAGUGACACCUCUAUUCAGUUCUGUGUUAGCACUAAUAAAGGAAGACUUACAACUUACAAGACUGCAUUUUUGUUAUGGAAUUUAUAACAGGUUUUACAGUGAGCCAAAAUUUAAUCCUUAUUCUGUAUAACUCUUCAAUUAGUUAACUUUUAAACUGUUAUCAACGGCACUGAAUAUUACCAGAGCCUUCACCAUUUUCCAUAUGAUACGGUUUCAAAUUUCUCCCACUAUCCUGAUAAUUCUGCUGUAAGUUGCAAUUUAUUAUUAUAUAGCCAUAAGCUAACUACAAGAGGUGAUAGAUGUGAUGUCACUACAACAGUACCACUUACCUUGUUCUGGAUACUUUUUAUUUUUAUUUUUAUUUUUUAUUUUUUUUGCGGUACGCAGGCCUCUCACUGUUGUGGCCUCUCCCGUUGCAGAGCACAGGCUCCGGACGCACAGGCUCAGCGGCUAUGGCUCACGGGCCCAGCCGCUCUGCGGCAUGUGGGAUCUUCCCGGACCAGGGCACGAACCCGUGUCCCCUGCAUCGGCAGGCGGACUCCCAACCACUGCGCCACCAGGGAAGCCCUGGAUACUUUUUAUUUUUAAUGCAGCCUAUUAUUUUAGCUAUUUUGAGAGCCACGUAUCACUGAUUCACUUUAUGGUCACUAAAACCUCAAGUCCCAACAUGUAGCGCUGUUCAAUGGUGGCUUUCCCUUCAUGUACUUAUUUAAUGGAUUUAUUAAACCAAAGUCUAAGAUUUCUUAUUUUUUCUAUAGAUCCCCAUGUUGUUAGAUUUUAGCCUAUUGAUUCAUCUUGUCUAGCUGAAGGUGAAUCUUCUCAUGUAAUAUAUUUCUCUUAUAGUAUGUCUCCUAUUUUAGUAUAUAUCACUAGUAAAUAUGACUCCAAAAUACCCUCAUGCUAAUCCUGCAAAAGACAAAUGCAGCAACCCAGUAUAGACCAAUGCAGUUUAAUAAUCUUUCACAGGACAGAUAGAAAAGUGUAAUUCCCAAAACAGUUACAUGGAUAUUACAUAUUGAUGUUGGAAAUGUAAACAAAUUUAGUACUGGGAAGACAAGUCUAGGUAAAAUAAAAGGAAUUUUUGAGUAGCACUGGGCAGGGAAGUAAGGUAGGUAAGAGAAUAGCAAAGAUAAACCCUUUAUUUUGCUUGAUGUCAAAAAGUAGUGAAAUGUCUCAGGUUUUUAUUUUACCCCCUAAUUUCAGUUCCAGUUAAAAAUGAUUCAGCAGAUAGUUUGUUAUAUGGGGUUUAAAAGCUUUUGUUUAGCUACAGGUGAAUGUAUAAGAAUUAUAAACAUCAAAUUUAAAAUACUGAAUAUCUUGGGUAUACAGUACCCAGAAAGCUCAACUGUAUUGGGUGAUACUUUAGCUCUUAAAUUGGGUGUUGGGUUCACAAAAGUUGAUUAUAUUAUUCUUGACCCUUUUUCAUCUAAAAUAUUUCAUAAUUAAAAAAUAGUAAAAAUAUACUUGGAUUUUAUUUUAUGUUCAGUAUAGCAGUGUAAUUUAUUCUAUUUCUUGACUCAUUCAAGUCUAAUGAACAACUAAUGGUUAUGAAAGUGGCUCAACCUGUAGCUCUAAAGUUCUAUAUAAUUUUAAGUUAGCAGGUAAGCCAAUUUUAUUACUAUGUCCUUUAACUGCAUAAUUACAUUGAUAAAAAUACAUUCUUCUCAAAUUCAAGAAUAUAAGUAAAGAAACUACAUCAUUAACACUGUAGAAUGAACU